CUGAUAUAUAAAAAUAUGUAACAACUUACUUUCGUCACUAGAGACGAAAGUAAACGUUAUGGGAUUUUUUCUCACUAGUGACGGAAAUCAAGUUUUCGCUGAAAGUAUCCUGUGGCGAAAGAUGUCUUUUUCUACGAGUUCGUAGAAAAAAACUGUUUCAAACGUCAAUCAAAUACUGUUUGCUUUAUGCCACUUUAUGCGCAGAAAGUGAGAAAUUUGGUCAAAUUAGUAGCAUACCGGUAUUUAUGUAUCGUGGAUCUAGCUCUGUGUCUCUAGUCUUCACAGUCUCGGAUAAACUGAAAACUUAAAUGUCAAAGUCAACUUACGUUAUGUAAAACAAACAUUUAUACAUUUUAAUAUUUCAAUAUUUGUAAACGCUAUGUUAAUAUUACAGUUAUUUACCUACUCAAUACUUAAAAUCAAAAAUAAUUAUAUUAAUUAAUUAAAUUAAUAUAAUUUGCAGAUAUGACAUACGUAGAUAAGAAUCUACGAGCUUUUCUCGAUGCAACUGCUAUUACACCAUUACGGCGUCGUUCAGAAGGCAGACUGAAGGCUUACCUUUCUACUGAAGAUGUAAGAGCUUGGAAUUAUACAGUUGAAGAUAGAAGACGACAAAUUCUGGACAUCGUAAGACGUGAUAUAGACCGUUGUGAUGGAAACUUGCUAAAAACUAUUAUAGAAUUUCUAAGAAAUAAGUAUUUAGACGAAAUCAAGAAAUGUUGCAAAAUGAUGUGGAUGUUUGUGAACCAACUUGAACUAACUGAUGAAGAUCAAACAAAAUUAAGUUGUUUGCAACAUCAGUUGGGAGGAAUCUUCACGCAAGUUAUGACAGACUGUACCUGUGCUGAUGUAGGAGUUAAAUGCAUCUGUGAUCUGUGUAGUCGAGCAGAAUGCACAUGUGGUAUGGAAGUGUGUGUAUGUGGAGUAGAAGAAGAUAUUGAAAUUCCUGAAGGAGGCAACCCGCCUCCUCAAGACAAUCUUCCUCGUCAAUCAUAUAAAGUCCAGGCCACAGGUCCUGUAAAGAUGGUUACGAAAGUGUCCGGAAUAAAACCGGGACAAAAACCAGGAAUACAACCAGGACUACAAGGACCAUGCGAAUGCGUUGCUUUAAAAGCACAGGUUGGCUCAAAAGGUGGAAAAGGAGGUGAUGAUACACUUUGUACUGAUGGAAAAGGAGGUACACCUGGAACUUCUAGACCUUCUAGAGCUUCCAGACCUUCUGGGCCUACUAGAGAAUCUAGACCUUCUGGGCCUACUAGAGAAUCUAGACCUUCUGGAACUACCAGAGAUUCUAGACCUUCUACUCCUACAAGUCCUUCUAGACCUUCUAGUUCUAGGCCAUCUAGUGCGAAAAAACCUCCAGUUUAUGAUGUAUGUUCCCUUUUUGAGCACACUCCAACCAAAGAAGAUAUAAGGAUUAAAAAAAUAGGAGUAGAUAUACUUAGAGAUUCCGAAAAUUCUAUUCAAAUAUUAAUGGAUGCGCUGGAGGAGCGGAAGAACUUGUGUCAACAGCAACAAAAAAAUAUUUCAAAUUUGAAAAAUGAACGUGACAAGUUAACCCAAAAAGUGGAAGAUUGUCUAAAAGAUCUAGAAAAGUUAAAGCAAGCGGAUAACACUGAAUCACCUGUCGUCGGUUCAGAAGAAAUGGAAAACAAAAUUAAAACAGAAUUGGAAGCUUUAAAACAGUACUGUUGGCAAUUAAAAGAAACGGAAGCGGAAAACGAAAAACUGAGGAGAGAUAAAGAUAUUUUAAAAAGAAAAUGUUUGUCACAUCCUACAUUUCCCAAGAUAGAAGAAAAAGAAAAAGAUCAAAAAUUAAACGAAAUAACCAAAGAGCGUGAUUUGUUGAUGAAGAAAGUCAAAUCACUUGAAGAUCGACUACAAAAUAACAGCAUUCUACCCAAGGAUCUUAUAGUUUACAAAGAUUGUUCGACGAUGCUUGAUAAUACUUUAGCGGAGAGAGACGAAAUGCUCAAAAAUCAGGAAAACAUUGAAGAGAUUAAAAAAGAAUUAGAGAUGUUAAGGUCAAAAUCUGAGAGGGUGGAUGAAUUAGAAAAUGAAUUAAAAUCCGUUAAAAAUAAAAGUAAUGAUUUCGAAGUUCGACGAGCCAAAUCAGACUGUGUAUGUCUGGAAAAAGAGGUGGCUAAUUUAAAAGCUGAAAGGGAUGUUUUAAGAAAGAGAAUAGAUGUAUUGACGGGUGAACAGGAUUUCCUGAGAUCCAAAGCAAAAGAAACUGAAAUUAUGAAAGUAGAACGAGACAAGUUGCAAAUAGCUGUUACCGAAAUGGCUCAUAUUCAAAUACACAAUGAAAAUUUAAGACUAAAGUGCAAAUCUCUAGAAAAUGCAUCCAAUGAAGCUUAUUUAUACAAACAUAAAUACGAAGAAUUAUUAGUCAUGCAAUGUGAUUGUCAGAAGUGGAAAUCUGAAAUUGAAGCAGGUGAGCAUGUGAAGAAAGAAAGAGAUUGUCUUAGAAAGCAAGUUGCAGACUUGGAAACAGUCAUCGUUGACCAAGAAAGUGAAAUCAGGAGGCUGAUGUCACAAUUUGAGAAAAUAAUUAAACACAAAGACAGAUCUCAGAUAAGAAUGCGUGAAGCUUUAGUCAAUAUGAGAAAUCAAAUAGAAAAAAAAGAUACACUAAUUGCUAUUUCUGAAGAAAAACUAGAAAAAGUUCAAACAGAAUUGAAAAGCUCCAUACAAGGAGUGUCAUGCGAAACGAUUUGUUAUAAAACUCGCUUAGAAGAACUAGAAAAAGAACUAAAACAGGCCAAAGAUGAAAUAAUAAAAUUAGAAAAUCAAUUUAGUGAAAAGUUUCCACAUUCUGAUAUUGAAUAUGAUAAACUUGCUGCAAUGAGAACAGAGUUGGAGGCCACUAAAGCAGAGAAUGAAAAACUACAGGAACUUACCAGAAAGAUGGCUGCGAUAACAGGCGAUGAACAUGUUCAGAAAAUGUUGAAGCACUCUGAAUCUGCCAUAAGGAAAGUAGUUACAGAACUGUCUAAACAAUAUAAAGAAUGGGAUCACUACAAAGAAGAACGGCGUAGAUCCAGAAGUAGAUCUAACAGCCGAUCACCAAAUCAAACAACCCUUACAAUUGGCUACUUAGAAGCAAUCCACAAUAAGAUACACUCACGUCGACAAAAACGUAAUCAAGACCAUAAAUAUUCGAAAAUAUGCCAAGGACAACUGUCAACACUAAAACUAAGAAACGAAAAAAUCUAAAAAUAGGAAAAUCUAAAUCACAGAACACUAAACUACGAAACCAUUUACUUGAAAAUCUAUUGUGGGGAGAGUAUAAACAUAAAAUAACAUAAACAAAACUAAAUUUUAGUAGAUAUAUCUAUGAGGGAUAAAUAUUUUAAAAUCAUAUUUAUUUAAUAAAGCAUAAGCAAUACUGGCAACAUCAUUCCACUUUUCUAUAAUUUUUCUAUAUUAGUAUUUGGAAGUAGGUAUUUUAAUAUUCAUUAGUUUUUAAUUUUUUUAAUCUCUGUAAUAAAAGUAAAAACCACUAAAUAUUACGUAGAAAUGCAUUAUUUUAAUCAAAUGGGCAUGCUCUUCCAAUUUUUAUGACAGACAUUAUGUCAAUAUAGUAAAGUUAUUAUUAGUUUCAGUUCUGUGAUCUAGAUAUAGACGUAUUAUUAUGAUGAGACAUUUAUGGUUUGGUUUAUGAUCUAAGUAUGUAAAAGCUGAAGAAGAAGCGAAUUUAGUGUAGUUAAACACCAAAUAUUUUUAAAGUACAUUGACUGUAAUAUAUUAUUAUCAUUCAUAAAAUAAAAACAGAAUUGUCUACUAAUAAAAUUUAAACAAUUUUGUGAUAGUAAGUUACAGAAAUUAAUUAAAAUUAUAUUACAGUAAAUUCAUUGCUUCUAGCUCACUACUAGUAUUUGUAUAAUGUAAUAAAGUUGUGAAAUCGAUGGUA